UUUAAUGAUUAAACUGGCCAACAGUGGCUACUAGUACAGUCAUCGAAGCGUUGUUGAAUGCAUCAGAAGAUUUACCACAGUGUUUUGUCUUUUCGUACCACUCUGGGUUCCGUUUUCUGACGGUGAAAGUGUUAUUUGGGUUCCGUUUGUGUCGUUGACUUCAACAGGAAACUGGCACGUCAUGCCGAUAUGCGUAGAAACGGACAAUGAUGGAGUACCAUUUGUCACUCUUGGAUCCCACCAGCUUCGGCUUGACCUAGAAGAUAUUAGCGGAGAGUUUGAGGAAAGAGCCAAAACCGAACUGCUUGAAACACCAGAACGGAUUCAAGAAGGAUUAAAGAAGUUUAGAGAAUUAAUAAAUGCUGAAAAAGGCCUAAACCUGCCAAUAGACGAUGAUAAAUUCCUGCUAAAGUUCCUAAGGCCUUUCAAGUGCAAUGCCGAGCAAGCGUUCAAGAUGAUGAAAAAGUUUUACAGAUUCAAAGUGAAAAAUCCCAAGUACGGUGGACUGCAUGUUACGCCUGAAGGUGUUCGGCAUGUUUUCGAUAGCGAAGUGUUCAUGUUCUUGCCCACUAGAAGCCUGUAUGGGGGCCGGAUAAUGAUUAUAAAUGCUGGAACGAAAUGGAAGCCGAAAGAAGUUCCUUUGGUGGAUAUGUUUCGAUCGAUAAUGGUGUCGAUAGAAAUCGCAAUGAUGGAGCCGAAGACCCAAGUGGGCGGCGCUAAUGUGAUUAUUGACUUAGAAGGACUUUCGUUGACUCAUGUUUACCAAUUCUCACCCUCAAUGGCUAAGCUGAUAGUAGAUUGGGUUCAGGAAUGCGCCCCAGUAAGGCUACGAGGAAUUCAUAUAAUAAACCAGCCCUAUCUGUUCAGCAUGUUGUAUGCGCUUUUUAAACCGUUUCUUGGGGAAUAUUUGAAGAAACGGCUGUCCUUCCAUGGAACCGACUACAAGUCACUGUGUGAUAAAAUAGGAGAAUCUAGCUUACCAAGAAAAUUUGCUGGAACAGCCGACAUUCCUGACUAUCCAGGAUCGAUUUUUUCGGAAAUGUUGUUUUACUAUCAAAAUAAGUUCCAGGAUUUUUACAAUUAUGGCUACAUUGCGGAACUGAAUGAUAAUCAACUGAUCUCAGAUGAAAGUGCGAAAUCGAAUGGAACAUCCAUUAAGACAUGCAGUAAAGCCGGUUAAGAUCCUGCAUUACUCUUUAUGGGCUAAUGUAUGAUGAACGCAUAGAAUGGGAAAUGCGGCCUCGGAUCGUUUUAUGCUUCGACGAAAAUUGUGAUCAUUAUGUAAAGUAAAACUGGUUUAUUUUCUGUAAUUUAAACUGUUCAUGUUGUUGAGCGCACGAGGCCAAUAAAGUUUAACAAUUGAAGCUUU